UUCAUUCAUCCUCCUUUUAUUCACGAGAAAUCUUUCUCCUCGUCUCCCUAAAUUCUCUCCUAUACUCUCUCACUAAAUAGAAAACCAAGAAACAACGAGAAAUGGCUGUUCUUGGAAGGCAAAUGUGCCAUCGGUUAUCAUUUUCGAUUCUGUUCAUCGUUUUGAUUCAAUCAAAUGUUAUCGCGUAUCAAUUCCAAGUUGGAAAUCUUCAAGCUUGGAACAUACCCACUUCCACAGAUCCAAAAAUUUACACAAAUUGGCCCAAAAAACUCAACUUCAAGAUCGGCGACUCUCUCUUGUUCUUGUAUCCACCAAGUGAAGAUUCAGUGAUUCAAGUGACGAAAGAAUCUUACGACACCUGCAAUCUGAAAGAUCCAAUCUUGUAUAUGAACAAUGGCAAUUCGUUAUUCAAUAUUACUUCACCGGGUGUGUUUUACUUCACCAGUGGUGUUUCCGGCCACUGUGAAAAAUCGCAGAAGCUUCAAAUUUCGGUGUUUGCCGCUGACGGGUCUUUGCCACUGCCGCCUUCUUCCGCUCCCGGCGGAGCACUUGCCGACUCUGCACCUUCCUAUCCCACCGUGUUUGGCGGAAUACCGUCGGGACCGGGGGCGAAGUCUUCAUCGUCGUCGUCGACGGUGAAAGUAUCGGUUUUGAUUUCUGCGGGGAUUGGAGUUUUGAUGUGGGGUUUAGUUGGUGGCAAGAUGUAGAUGAGAUCAAAAUUUCCCUUUUUUUUUUUUU